CUGACGUAGAAGUAUUGCACCACUCAACUUUACACUUGUUUCGUGUAUAUUUGUGUUGAUUUGAUAAUCACGAAACUGAAGAAAACAAUAAUUCCAGACUUCUGGUUCCUUCAUUAAACGAGAAACAAAACACUAUUUUUCAAACAUGACUAUGGCUAUGUUGCAACGGAGGGCUAACGUAAGAUUACCUCCCGAAGUAAACAGAGUGUUGUAUAUAAGAAAUUUGCCAUACAAAAUUACGGCCGAAGAAAUGUAUGACAUCUUCGGAAAAUAUGGAGCUAUUCGACAAAUUAGAGUAGGUAAUACUGCUGAAACGAGGGGAACUGCUUUCGUUGUUUACGAGGAUAUAUUUGAUGCAAAGAAUGCAUGCGAUCACUUAAGUGGUUUUAAUGUUUGUAACCGGUACUUGGUAGUUUUAUACUACCAAAGCAAUAAGGCAUUUAAACGAGUCGAUGUAGACAAGAAGAUGGAAGAAAUAGACAAAUUAAAGACAAAAUACAACUUAAAUGAAGAAAAAAAAUAGUUAUGUAAUAUGUUCAGAGUCGAGCUAAUCAUAUGUGAAAUGUAUUUGGACAAUGAAGAAUUCUGAAAUUGGAGAUCCAGAUAAUCAAGGUUCUACUCGUAUUUGCAAUUCUGAGAGCUGUGUUUUUAGAGCUUUUCCAUAUAAUGAAAUAUAAUGAAUUUUCAUCCCUUUUUAGAAAACACAUAAGAAACAACUAAAAACAUUUCCUUCAUAAUAAAAUAUUGUGUACGAUUAAUACAAGUAUCACAACUGAUAGAAGCAUGGCUGUAAAUUGACGUUAUCGUAAAUUAUGCGUGUUCGUUGCGGCGCUAAGCUGAAAAUUGUUUUGAAAAGCAAUAAACAUAUAAAAAUACUGUC